GCUUCUAAGAGGUGCACUUUUCCAGCGCCCCCAUAAAAGACACGCACGUCUCUCCCCGGCUCGAUCGCCUCUGUCCCCUGCUGCCCACCUCUCUGCUCCCCCACUACUCCAGCUCCUCGCCAACUGCCCCCCAACCCCCAGUACCUCCCAGUGCUUCCCAGUCUUCCCUGCCGGUCAUCCCCUCCAUUUGAGGCCCCUGUUCUCUGGCUCUCCUAUCCUCUGCCUUCGGUAUCUUCCUCCCCAGUUUUCCUUUUUCCUCAUCCGCCCCCACCCCGUCCCUCUUCAUUUCCCCCUCCAAAUCCCUGCGUGUCCCCUCCUCGUCCCCGCGAACGCCCCUUUUCUGCCUCAUUUUUCUCAUUCUGAAGUUCUCUCCGCCCCUGGCCCUUGGACACCUUCGUCCUGCCCCGCCCCGCCUGGGCAUCCUGCCCGCUGUGUUGCCAGCCUCAGUUUCCUUCCGGUCCGACUCCUUCCUCUAACGGAGGCCCUUCCUCGAGGGCGGAUGUGCGCCGGGAAGGUGAAUGCUACAGCUGGCCGAGAGGAUCUCGGCUCAGCCCCUCAGGUCCCGCCACAGCCAUGCGACGCCCGGGACGGGGCCUCUGCUGGGCCCCGGGGACCCAGGAGUUCUGGAACCCUAGGACCAUGGAUGCUCUCAAUAGGAGCCAUGUAGGCCCUGGAUGCAAGACCCAGGCCAUGGUGCAGAAGGGACCCUUGGACCUGAUUGAAACAGGCAAGGGGCUUAAAGUGCAAACGGAUAAACCCCACCUGGUGAGCCUGGGCAGCGGGCGGCUCAGCACUGCCAUCACCCUCCUGCCACUGGAGGAAGGGAGGACAGUGAUUGGCUCUGCGGCCAAGGACAUCUCCCUGCAGGGUCCAGGCCUGGCUCCAGAGCACUGCUACAUUGAGAAUCUGCGGGGUACCCUCACCCUCUACCCUUGUGGCAAUGCUUGUACUAUUGAUGGGCUCCCAGUUCGGCAGCCAACCCGGCUCACUCAGGGCUGCAUGUUAUGCCUGGGUCAGUCCACCUUCCUCCGGUUUAACCAUCCCGCUGAAGCCAAGUGGAUGAAAAGCAUGAUUCCAGGGGGGGGCCGGGCCGCUGGGCCCCCCUAUGGCCCUGGCUCUGGUGAAUCAGAAAGUCUGGUGAAUGGAAAUCACGCCCCACAGCCUGCAACCCGGGAACCCUCAGCCUGUGCCAGCCACAGCUCCCUGGUGAGCUCAAUUGAGAAGGACUUGCAAGAAAUCAUGGAUUCACUGGUGCUAGAGGAGUCUGUAGCUGCUGGCAAGAAGCCUGCAGCAACCUCCCCGUUAUCGCCGAUGGCUAACGGUGGGCGAUACCUGCUCUCCCCCGCAACCAGCCCUGGCGCUAUGUCUGUGGGUUCCAGCUAUGAGAACACCUCUCCAGCCUUCUCUCCACUCUCCUCACCAGCCAGCAGUGGAAGCUGUGCCAGCCAUUCACCCAGUGGGCAGGAGCCAGGACCUUCUGUGCCUCCGCUCGUGCCUGCUCGUUCCUCCAGCUACCAUCUAGCCCUGCAGCCCCCACAGCCCCGUCCAAGUGGUGCCCGCUCCUCAGACAGCCCCCGGCUGGGUAGGAAAGGGGGUCAUGAGAGGCCUACCAGCCCUGGUCUACGGGGUUUGCUGACUGACAGCCCUGCAGCCACUGUCUUGGCAGAGGCCCGUAGGGCCACUGAGAGCCCCCGGCUGGGUGGACAGCUGCCUGUGGUGGCUAUUAGCCUGAGUGAAUACUCAGCUUCUGGUGCCCGCAGCCAACCCACCAGCAUUCCUGGCAGUCCCAAGUUCCAGCCUCCAGUCCCUGCUCCCCGAAACAAGAUUGGCACACUCCAGGAUCGUCCUCCCAGCCCUUUCUGUGAGCCUCCAGGCACUGAGCGGGUAUUGACAACCAGCCCCUCACGCCAACUGGUAGGGCGAACAUUUUCAGAUGGAUCUUCCACUCGAACCCUACAGCCUCCUGAGAGCCCCCGCCUGGGCCGGCGGGGCCUGGACAGUAUGCGAGAACUUCCUCCCUUGAGCCCAUCUCUGUCCCGACGCACUCUCUCCCCACUGCCUGCCCGGACCACCCCAGAUCCCAAGCUAACCAGGGAAGUGGCAGAGAGCCCAAGGCCCCGCCGCUGGGCUGCCCAUGGAACCUCACCAGAGGACUUUUCCCUGACACUCGGGGCUCGGGGCCGCAGGACACGGAGUCCCUCACCCACACUGGGGGAGUCCCUGGCACCCCGCAAGGGCAGCUUCAGUGGCAGGCUGAGCCCAGCCUAUAGUCUGGGCUCUCUUACUGGGGCUUCGCCUCGCCAGAGCCCCCGGGCCCAGAGGAAGCUCUCUAGUGGGGAUCUGCGGGUUCCUGUCAUUCGGGACCGGAAAAAUAGCAUCACAGAGAUCAGUGACAAUGAGGAUGACCUCCUGGAGUACCACCGGCGGCAGCGCCAAGAGAGGCUGCGGGAGCAGGAGAUGGAGAGGCUGGAACGCCAGCGCCUGGAGACCAUCCUGAAUCUGUGUGCUGAGUAUAGCCGGGCUGAUGGGGGACCUGAGGCCGGGGAGCUGCCCAGUAUUGGGGAGGCCACUGCCGCAUUGGUGCUGGCAGGCAAGAGGCCCUCACGAGGCCUUGCAGGGGCCGCUGUGUCCUCUGGGCGGGGCAGCGAGGAGCCUGGAGGUGCCACCCAACGCCUAUGGGAGAGUGUGGAGCGCUCAGAUGAGGAAAAUCUGAAGGAGGAGUGCAGUAGUACAGAGAGCACCCAGCAGGAGCAUGAAGAUGCACCUAGCACCAAACUCCAGGGAGAGAUCCUAGUCCUGGAAGAGGAGCGGGCUCAGGUGCUGGGCCGUGUGGAGCAGCUCAAGGUCCAUGUGAAGGAGCUGGAGCAGCAGCUGCAGGAGGCGGCCAGAGAGGCUGAAAUGGAGCGGGCACUGCUGCAAGGGGAGAGGGAAGCAGAGUGGGCGCUGCUGCAGAAGGAGCAGAAGGCAGUGGACCAGCUGCAGGAGAAGCUGGUGGCCUUGGAAACAGGCAUUCAGAAGGAGAGAGACAAGGAGAGGGCGGAGCUGGCCGCGGGACGGAGGCACCUGGAGGCCCGCCAGGCACUGUACGCCGAGCUCCAGACGCAGCUCGAUAACUGCCCCGAGUCAGUGCGGGAACAGUUACAGGAGCAGCUGAGAAGGGAGGCAGAGGCCCUAGAGACUGAGACAAAGCUCUUCGAGGACUUGGAAUUCCAGCAGCUGGAGCGGGAGAGCCGCGCGGAGGAGGAGCGAGAGCUGGCGGGCCAGGGGCUGCUGCGGAACAAGGCGGAGCUGCUGCUCAGCAUCGCCAAGAGGAAGGAGCGCCUGGCCAUCCUGGACAGUCAGGCUGGGCAGAUCCGGGCCCAGGCUGUGCAGGAGUCAGAGCGCCUGGCCAGGGACAAGAAUGCCUCCCUGCAGCUGCUGCAGAAGGAGAAGGAGAAGCUGACUGCGCUGGAAAGGAGAUACCACACACUCACAGGGGGCAGGCCUUUCCCAAAGACCAAUUCGACCCUCAAAGAGGCUCAGCUGCUCAUCUCCAAUUCCUCAGAGAUGGGGCUGGGGACCAAGGCUCUGGGUCCAUUCUCAGGGUCUUCUCAGGCUGGGGACUCCUCUGUCUCCUUAACCCCACCUGCUUCCACUCUGCUCUGCCCCAAAGUACAAGAGAUGGAGAAACUGCUGCUCCCUGCUGUAGACUUAGAGCAGUGGUACCAGGAGCUGAUGGCCGGGCUGGUGACUAGCCCUGCUGCAGCCUCCCCUCGCUCUUCCCCUCCACCUCUGCCUGCCAAAGCUUCCCGUCAGCUGCAGGUUUACCACUCCAAGAUGGAUGGCGAAGCCACAAGCCCACUGCCUCGGACCCGUAGUGGCCCACUCCCCUCCUCAUCUGGCUCCUCUUCCUCUUCCUCCCAGCUCAGUGUGGCUACCCUGGGUCGCAGCCCCUCCCCAAAGAGUGCCCUGCUUGCCCAGAACGGCACGGGCAGCCUUCCUCGCAACCUGGCAGCCACACUGCAGGACAUUGAGACCAAGCGCCAGCUGGCCCUGCAGCAGAAGGGACAGCAGGUGAUUGAGGAGCAGCGGCGGCGGCUGGCCGAGCUGAAGCAGAAAGCGGCGGCUGAGGCGCAGUGCCAGUGGGACGCCCUGCAUGGGACUGCACCCUUCCCUGCCCUGGUGCACCACUCCAUCCUGCACCACCUGCCAGCUGGGCAAGAGCGAGGGGAGGAGGGCGAGCACGCCUACGACACGCUGAGCCUGGAGAGCUCAGACAGCAUGGACACCAGCAUCUCCACGGGGGGCAACUCUGCCUGCUCCCCCGACAACAUGUCCAGGUGCCUCCCUGCCUGGCCCAAGGCCUCUAGCAGGCACCCCUGGCUCCUGACACAGCCUGUCUUCCCUUCCCUCUGCAGUGCCAGUGGUCUGGACAUGGGCAAGAUUGAGGAGAUGGAGAAGAUGCUGAGGGAAGCUCACGCGGAGAAGAGCCGGCUUAUGGAGUCCAGGGAGCGUGAGAUGGAGCUGCGGCGGCAGGCCCUGGAGGAGGAGCGGCGGAGGCGGGAACAGGUAGAACGGAGGCUGCAGAGCGAGAGUGCCCGGAGGCAGCAGCUGGUGGAGAAGGAGGUCAAGAUGCGGGAGAAGCAGUUUUCCCAGGCACGGCCCCUGACCCGCUACCUGCCAAUCCGGAAGGAGGACUUUGACUUGAAGACUCACAUUGAGUCGUCAGGACAUGGUGUAGACACCUGCCUGCACGUGGUGCUCAGCAGCAAGGUCUGCCGUGGCUACUUGGUCAAGAUGGGCGGCAAGAUCAAAUCAUGGAAGAAGCGCUGGUUUGUCUUUGACCGGCUCAAGCGUACCCUUUCCUAUUACGUGGACAAGCACGAGACGAAGCUGAAGGGGGUCAUCUACUUCCAGGCCAUCGAGGAAGUGUACUAUGACCACCUGCGCAGUGCUGCCAAGCAGAGCCCGAACCCAGCUCUCACCUUCUGCGUGAAGACCCACGAUCGGCUGUACUACAUGGUGGCCCCAUCUGCAGAGGCCAUGCGCAUCUGGAUGGAUGUCAUUGUCACAGGGGCAGAGGGUUACACUCAGUUCAUGAAUUGACUGUCGUGGGCCUCCUGGACCCCUGCCCAGCAUCUAUUGCUGUGCUCACCCCUGGAGAUAAGAGUAACCCAGUGAGCACAGAGCGUCACCAGGGCUUUCGUGCAAGAAGACUUUGUAAUAUUCUGUAAGGAGCUCAGUCCUGUGAGCUUCUGGGCUCAGAAGAGGAAAGCUGGGGAGGGGAUAUGCUGGCUCCUAGGAGCCCAGGAGUUGCAAGAUCUGUUCAGGGUUGUGCCUGGGCCUGCAGCACUGAAGAGCUGUUGGAGAGGGCCAACUCUGACCUGGCGCCUACUCUCCCUGGCCUGUUUUCUCCUUGUAAAGGACAAAUUAUGGUACCAGAAUCUGCCAAAGAUCCCCUCCUGCCUCACCCCCUCUGAGGGGCCUCAGGGGCCAAGAAGAGCCACAUCUGGAAUCGGGCAGCAGCUCAGGCAGUGUGCUCUGCCUCGCCCUUCUGCCUCAUUUUUACUUUUUAUUACUUGGCUCAAAGGCCAGAGACCUCAAGUGUCAGCCUUGAGGUCCCAGCCCCAUCCCCUUGUUGGAGACCCAUCACCGUGGUCUCCAUGGUGACUGCUCUCCAUUGCCAUGGUAACAGUACUAACUGCCACGGCUCCACGGCUCAGCCCACUGCUUCAGCAAUGGGCUGUCUAAGGGUACGCACCGUCAUCUCUCCAGCCCAGGCCCACAGGCACCUUAUAUUGGGGGGAGGGACGAACACCUGCUCCCUGCCUGUGUCUCCAGCCUUGACGCACAGCCUGCUGCCCCUAGUCUCACCUCUCCCUUCCACUGUGCCUUGCUUAGAGCCAGAAGGGAUGAUGCUGGGGAUCCACGGCCAGAGGAGCAGUGCUGUGCACAGGAGAGGAAACUAAAAGGGCCAUCCUCCAGGUGCUGACAGAAAGGGAGGAGGGUUGCUUGGCACUCAAUGAAAGCCUGAGCAAGAGGGAGCUACAGACAGGGGCCUGAGCUCUGGCUGUCUCCUCCCUUCUGCCUCUGAAGGGUGAUGGAGAAGGAGAGUGGAGGACCAGGCCUCAGCUGUCUGGCCUCAGCCCUUCACGCCUUAACACUAAGCCCACCUCCCCUGCCCUUGUCCCCAGCAUUGGGUCCUUGGUUGCCUAGGGCUGGGCUGGGUGUUUUUCAGUAUUUGUAAGCAUUUCAGCGGAACAAUAAAGCAUUUGGGCUACGUA